CCCAGUUUCUUCUUCUUCCUCUGCUCUUCCCUAUGAAAUGAAAGUAUCUGCCAAGAAAAGAAUACUAGUAUAAAGAAAAAGGAAAAUGGGUGAAGGAGAUGCCUUAGUAUCAAUGCUUCCUUUUGACAGACAUGUUGAACAGGCAGUAUUGGCAAUGAAGAAGGGAGCACAUCUUUUGAAGUGUGGAAGAAGAGGGAAGCCUAAAUUCUGUCCUUUCAGGCUUUCUACGGAUGAGAAAUAUUUGAUCUGGUAUUCAGGACAAGAGGAAAGGCAAUUGAGAUUGAGCUCUGUUUACAAGAUUAUCGCUGGCCAGAAGACCGUCAAUUUUCAAAGGCAAUACCAACCCCACAGGGAGCAACAGUCAAUUUCACUAAUUUAUUAUGCUAAUGGUGAACGCUCUGUGGAUUUGAUAUGCAAGGACAAAACAGAGGCUGAUGCUUGGUUCAUAGGUCUGAGAGCAGCGAUAUCGAGAUCUCACAGUUGCAGUUCGGUCUCCGCUUUGAGGAAUCGUAAUCGAGGCGCACAAAGUUGUCUAAGCAGUCCUGCCGGUUUUAUUCGAAGAAAGCACAAUCUAGGACUUAUGGAGGAAAAGAAUCAAUUUUCUCAGGUGCGAAGCUUAUGUGGAAGCCCUUCGCUAUCGCUUUCCGAGAGGUGUUUUUCUGAUGGCUUGUCAUAUUCUUCAGAUAGCUUUUAUUCCUGGGAAUCGAAUUUGUCACACAUGCAAAACGUUACGGAUAGUACUUUAACGCCGGAUUCUCCAUAUAUUCAACUGGAUGAUGUCAAGCAGUGGGGAAUAGAUUAUGCAGCUCCUGAAUUUCGGAAGAAAGCAUCUCACAGGUUUUCAGCACCUACUCAUUGCUCUACACAAAUACAAAAGAAUGGGAUUCUAAAGGAUGUAAUGAUAUGGGGUGAAGAGGUAGUUGGAGGGAACAUUUGCAGUGUCCACUCGGAUAGUUUUGGAGUCCAGAGUGGGUCGAACUCCGAUGUGUUAUUGCCUAAAUUGCUAGAAUCAGUAACAAUGUUGGAUGUGCAGUGCAUAUCUCUUGGAGCAAGGCAUGCUGCUUUAGUUACGAAACAAGGUGAAGUCUUUUGCUGGGGUGAGGCGAACGGUGGGAGGCUCGGGAACAAGAUUAACAUCGAUAUCAGCCAUCCAAAGCUUGUUGAAUCCCUCAAUGGGAUUGCUGUGCGAGGUGUUGCGUGUAGUGAGUACCAAACAUGUGCCUUGACACAAUCCGCCGAACUUUAUACUUGGGGCGGUGAACCGUAUACGAACCAGUGGUUGCCACAUAAAGUUUCUGGUCCACUGGAUGGUGUAAAUGUGUUUGCAGUUUCUUGUGGAGAGUGGCAUACAGCAAUUGUUUCCACUGCAGGGAAAUUAUUUACAUAUGGUGACGGAACGUUUGGAGUUCUCGGGCAUGGGAACACACAAAAUUUGUCGCAACCGAAAGAAGUCGAGUCUCUUAAGGGUUUGUGGGUGAAAUCCGUUUCUUGUGGACCAUGGCACACGGCUGCUAUCGCUGAAAUUACGAAGGAUCGAAACAAGCUCAAUGCUAAUGGUGGAAAACUAUUCACAUGGGGAGAUGGUGAUAAAGGCCGGCUCGGGCAUGCCGAUGGAGAUCGAAAGCUUAUACCAACAUGUGUUGUGCAGCUUAUGGAUCAUGAUUUUAUACAAGUUAGUUGUGGAGGAAUGUUAACUGUUGCACUCACGAGUAAAGGUACAGUUUACACAAUGGGAAGUGAGGUAUAUGGACAGCUAGGGAACCCACAAGCCAAUGAUAAAUCCAUAACUGUCGUAGAAGGGAAGCUUAAACACGAAUUCGUUAAGGAUAUCUCUUCCGGUUCAUAUCAUGUUGCUGCCUUGACAUUAGGUGGAAGAGUGUAUACAUGGGGGAGGGGUAGUAAUGGACAGUUAGGAUUAGGAGAUACGGAAGAUCGAAAUACACCAAGUUUUGUCGAUUCGUUGAGAGGCCGGCAGGUUGAAAGCAUAACUUGUGGUUCAAACUUAACGGCAGCUAUCUGUUUACAUAAAUCUAUCACCAUUAGCGACCAGUCGACUUGUAGAGGAUGCGAAAUGGCGUUCGGGUUUGCAAGGAAGAAGCAUAACUGUUACAAUUGCGGUCUUCUGUUUUGCCAUGCAUGUAGUAGCAAGAAAGUUGUUAAUACAUCACUGGCACCAAAUAAAAGCAAGCCUUGUCGUGUUUGUAACUCAUGCUUCAAUCAGCUACAAAAGGUAAAAAAUUUAACCAAAAAUUCGAAGCCGGAAAACCGAGUGGUGGGGAAACUACUGAGUCCUCAAACUCAGAGAGGUUUCCUUGAUGAGAAAGAUGCUUCGAAGAGCCGAUUACUUUCACUUAAGCAUUCAUCAAGUUAUGAAGAACCUGCUUCUUGUUUGUCAGCAGCAACACCACGAUGGGGCCAUGUAUCUUGCCCUGUUGUUUUUGAUGCACCUCAGGCUCAAAGUAAAAAUGCUGCUGCUGGUUCUCCUCUUCCCCAAAAUCAGUCCCCUCUGCGAUCGAAAUUUACUAUUCUCGAUUCCAUGAUUGCGGAGAAUGAUUUACCGAAAUCGGAUACGAUUCUUAAUGAAGAGGUUCAGUGGCUGAAAGCUGAGGCAAGAAACCUUGAAAUGCAAUGCCAAAUUGGAAGCCAAAAGAUUGAGGAAUGCCGGCGAAAAAUCGAGCACUCUUGGUCUUUGGCGAAGGAAGAAGCCGAAAAAUGUAAAGCAGCGAAGGACUUGAUAAAAGCUUUGGCAUUAAGGCAGCUUCACUCGAUUUCGGGGAAAUUCCCUUCUGUAAGAGAAGAGAAAUCAGCAGGCAUUGCUGUUCAAUAUCAGUCACCUAGAACAAGAAAGGAGCCUCUAAGCACCGAGACGCAUAGCGUUGAGGGUGAGCCACAUUUACCUAGUUUGCAGACGGGGACUGCAAGCAAAGUUAAACCAGCGACAACGGAGAGUCCAUGUGAAACUCCUAUCGUGUUCUCGAAUAAAUCGAGAUCAAUGCGGAUGCAAGUGAGGGGCCGAGACAGAGAAAAGCAAGACACAGCGGCGCAAAUGGAAGCGGAGCAAACUGCAGGGACAAGUAAUAAAGAUUCCAAAGUAAAUGAGUGGGUAGAACAAUACGAAGCUGGGGUGUAUGUUACCUUUACAACUUUGGCAAGUGGCCACAAGGGGCUAAAGCGAGUAAGGUUCAGUCGGAAGCGAUUCACAGAGAAGGGAGCAGAGCAAUGGUGGGAGGAGAAUCAGCUGAAGGUUUAUAAAAAAUAUGGAAUUGAAGAAUACUCUCAUUCAAACCAAAAGCUAUAGGGAAAUAAAGAGUUGUGGCAGUUA